GCACUUACCUAUACGAUGGCACGUCGUUCUAUUCCCGCAACUACUAGUUCAGCCCUUUCCACCGCCAGAACCGGCUACUAUGACCGAGCUGUAACUGCUGCACGCUCCCAUGCUGGAUAUAGACAAGAGGUUGAAGUGCGAGUCCGCGCUAACCGAUGGGUUCUUGGCUUCAUUGUCGGUAUUCUUGAGGCUUGUCAUUCCUUCGGAGGGGCAGCUUAUCAAGUUGACUAUGAGUCUGAUGGUGCCCGUCGAGUCGACCCCUUCCCAAGCGACAAGAUUCGACCAGUCGGACCAAGAGAGUUCUGAGAAUAUGACAUACGGUCGCGGCGUGUCACUUCAGAGAGACCGUGACCAUCGCCAUACAGACUUUGAUCUUGUACACGUUGAUAGCCAUGCCCCCAUAUAUACAUUAUGUUAUCACUUCUAAUAUGUUAACUG